AAACGUCUUCCUCCAUCAGGCCGUUCCAGUAAGUUAUUUUUCUGGGAUUCUCGUAUGAUGAACCCAUCUGGAACAAAGGUGUGGCUUUUGGAGUCCGGUGCUUAGAUGUGGAAACCUGUGACUAAGCAGCACAAGAAGAUCACCAGCAAAGUUCUCUCUGAAGAGUCAUAAAGUAGACAGCUCAUGACUUCUGAUCAGGACACUAAAGUUGUGGCUGAACCGCAGGUGCAGCAAGUACAAGAAGUCAAAGACAGUUCUCAUCUAGAACCAGCCAAGGUUUCAGAGUUAAAUCCUAAUGCAAAAGUAUGGGGAAAUCAUAUGUUACACUUGGAAGCAAGUGGUACCACUGAUGGAAAUGUGAGCAAAGCCUGGGAAGAAAUAGCAGAUCACCCCCCAGAUGCCUGCAAAGAAGGAUUGGAUGCCAACAGUAAUGGCGACACAUCAUAUCCGAAUGCAGUGUUAGCAGACCUGCAAGAGCCAGUUUCAUUGUCAGAUCAAGCAGAUAUGAACACUUUGGUCCUGGAGCAUUCAGAAUAUGAGUCAAUUCCUGAAAACCCCCAGACAGAAGAAAGUGAAGAAGUCGAGGAAGACCCCCGAGAAGUACUUAAAAAAACACUGGAAUUCUGUUUAUCUCGAGAGAAUCUUGCAAGUGACAUGUAUCUUAUAUCACAGAUGGAUAGUGAUCAGUAUGUGCCAAUAACAACAGUAGCUAACCUCGACCAUAUCAAGAAACUCAGUACUGAUUUGGAUUUAAUUGUUGAAGUUCUUCGAUCAUUGCCUUUAGUCCAAGUGGAUGAGAGUGGAGAAAAAGUCAGGCCAAAUCAGAAUCGCUGCAUUGUUAUAUUGCGUGAAAUACCUGAAUCUACUCCUAUAGAAGAAGUAGAAGCACUCUUCACAGGAGAUAAUUUGCCUAAGUUUGUCAAUUGUGAGUUUGCCUAUAAUGACAAUUGGUUUAUAACGUUUGAGUCAGAAGCUGAUGCACAACAGGCUUAUAGAUACCUGAGAGAAGAAGUAAAAAUUUUUCAAGGAAAACCAAUAAAGGCACGGAUAAAAGCAAAGGCUAUUGCUAUAAAUACAUUUUUGCCAAAGAAUGGAUAUAGACCUCUGGACAUGAACCUCUACACACAACAGCGUUAUACAACAUCGUUUUACUUACCUCCAGUAUACAGUCCCCAGCAACAGUUUCCAUUGUACAGCUUAAUUACCCCACAAACUUGGUCAGCUACACAUAGUUAUCUUGAUCCAUCUUUGGUAACACCAUUUCCAAAUACUGGAUUUAUCAAUGGGUUUACAUCUCCCACCUUCAAACCUGCAGCAUCUCCUCUAACAUCACUCAGACAAUAUCCUCCUAGAAAUAGGAAUCCUAGUAAAUCCCAUCUACGACAUACGCUACCCACUGCAGAUAGAAGACCUGGACUAUUAGAAAGUCCUACAAUAUUUAAUUUCUCUGCUGACCGCUUAAUUAAUGGUGUCCGAAGUCCACAAACAAGGCAACCAGGACAGAACAGAACACGGAUUCAAAACACUUCAACUUAUGCCAAGAGGGAUCUUGGAAUUGGGAGAAUGGAGCAGAAUAAUCUUGAAUCCUCUUCAGUUUUAGGUAGAGGGAGGAAAAAUUCCUAUGGCUUUCGGAAAAAAAGAGAGGACAAAUUUACAAGAAGUCAGACUCAAUCUCCAACACCACCAAAACCUCCAUCUCCUAGUUUUGAAUUAGGCCUGUCUAGUUUUCCGCCUUUACCUGGAGCUGCAGGCAAUUUGAAGACAGAGGAUUUAUUUGAGAAUAGGUUGUCUAACAUGGUAAUGGGAACAUCAAAAGAAAGACCCCUGAAUGUGGAUGCAAGUACAAACACUAUUCCUGCAGUAAUGCCUAGAGAGCCUUCAGGGUCAGGUUCUUCUGUUCUGUCAGCAGCAUAUGAACAGUCUCCUUCCCCAGUCCAGUUACCUGAAGAAUCCAAGGUUGUGGAAAAUAAGCAGAGGGAAACACACAGCAUGGAACGGCUUUCUUGUGCCCUCACUCCCACUGCGUGUAGAUCGGUGCAAGUUAAUGGAGCUCCUGCAGAAUUGAGAAAACCCAGUUAUGCUGAAAUUUGUCAGAGAACAACUAAAGAGCUGCCACCACCACCUCCUCUUUUACAAGCUCAGAAGGAACAGAAGCCAAAUUCUGCUGGCUGUGGGAAAGAAGAAAAGAAACCCAUUGAGUCACCAGUGGAGAGAUGCCGAGAACCUCCACCUUCAAAAUCAAACCCAGGACACCCCAAAGACCAGAGGAGGCAGUCAGGCCGCAGAUCCCCACCGCCAGCCCCUGGGAAGCGUUUGAAUAAGGAACAGAACACACCUCCCAGAUCUCCCCAGUGAAGAGAGAAAGAGAGAGAGAGAAAAAAGUGUGUGUGUGUGUGUGUGUGUGUGUGUGUGUGUGUGUGUGUGUGUGUGUAUGUAUGAGUGAUAGAGAGAGUGUGUGUGUAUGUAUGAGAGAGAGAGAGUGAGUGUGUGUGUCUGUGUGUCUGUGUGUCUGUGUGUGUGUAUGAGUGUGUGGGUAUGGGGACUAUGGAAGAGUUCUGUUUACUAAAGUUCCCAUUCAGAGUACAGAGCAUGAGUUGCUGGUUAGGAGCUUGCAGUGGUACACGAGGCAUGUGAAAUGCCUUCAAGUUACUUUUCUUCUAUGAAAAAUUAUUUUCCCCUCUUGAAAAACAGUCUAUUUUUUCAGGAUUUAAUUGAUCUAAACCUUAUGUUUAGGUUGGUGCUUAACUGGAGGUGAUGCAUAAAGUCUGAUUUUUUUUCAGGAUAGAAAAUGCAUUUAUCUUAACAAAUUGAUAUUUUUUAUUAAGCCUCCAUGUGGCUAUGAAUGCAAGCUAUAUAUCUAUAUCUAUAGAUAUAGAUAUAUAGUGAGUUUUUCUAAAUUAAGCAGAACUCUACUGCUUCAUUUUUUUAAAAAUAACUGGUCUGGAAGUACAUACCUUAAAAUGACUAAAUAGAGACUGAUGAUGGUUGAUAACAGCUAGUAUUGCGAGUGCAGGAAGAGCAGAUAAAUUUUACAAAAUGCUGGCACAUGUUACUGGGAGAAGAUUUUUUUAUUAGGUUAUUGUGACUCAUUUGAGCAUAGGAACUUGCACUUUUGGGUUAACUAAAUGGUUGGUUCUGAUAUUUUAAAAUUUUUCAUUGGUAUUUGAUCUUCAGUGCAAAUGAAUGAUAAAAGUCCUAUGGAGAGCACCAUGGAGAAUAUGUUUGAGUUUUGAUUUACUGCAAGCAAGUAACCAGCUUCUCACUCCAUAUUAAAGUAGAUUAGACUACAUGUAAUAAAUUCAAAGCACAUUGUGAAUAGAAGGAAAAGCAAUUCCAUAAAUUUUCAUUGUGGAGAGGUGCCCAUAGAUAUGUUACUACAACGUAGCACUGUCAUGUUUUUGUUUUUGUUUUUGUUUUUGUUUUUUGAUAACCUGAAAGUUAGCAUUCUUAGUCUGACAAGGAAACUGAUACAAGUCACCACUGUACCUUCUGGUUCCCUCUUGUCCUAUGCUCAUGCUUUGUGUAGAUUUCUUUCAACUCUGCCCCAAGUGCUCUUUGAAAGAGUCCAUAUAUUUAGUCAACUGAGGGUUGACGUUCUUCCUGUACCUCCUAACAUUGGCAUAUAGAUGUAAAGUGUUUUUUUUUUUUAAGUGUGAGAGAAUGGUGUUUGUUGGGGAUUUUUUUAUGUGCUAGAGAAAAAUCCCUGCUUUUCCUCUGAAAUGAGGUUUCUCUUAUUGAUUCACUUCUAGAAGUGCUAAACUUCUGAGGAACAAGGAUGCACUAAAUUAGCAAGUUUCUAAUAAAGUUAAAUAUAAAUUAUUUUUGUUUUAAAAUGCCUAAGGUUUUUCUUUAAGUAUUCUAAGGAGCAGGCAGUUAAAAUGAAACUAUUUCCUGCUAAAUGUAACCAUACAGCUUAUUCCAUAAAUGUUUAUUUAAAAGAACUGAUUUUUUUUUUUAAGAAAUUAUUUCCAUCCAAUAUUUAAAGACUUGAAUUUUAUUUAAACUUGAAAAUGACUUUGCCUUAACUUUUGUAUAAGACAGCGUAGCGGUAAUGAAGACUGGCCCACUGGGUUGGCAUGAGUGGAAUACAGGAUUACUCAGUUACCAUAUAUAUCUAGGGUCAUUGGUUUUACUGAGUAAAUUUACUGUAGAACAGGUGAUGGCAGUUUUUGUAAUAUACCUUAAAGAUCUUAAACAGUUGAACUUUUUCAAAUUGUUGAAAAAUGCUGUAAAUGCAAAUAGUUGAUACUGUAUUAAAUAUGUGCACUUGGAAGUGUGUGCUUUGCUUGUACAGUUGUAAAUAAUCAGAACAUAUAAAAAGGUACCCUAAAGAAAAAUCUGAUAAAAAUUAUUGAUAUAUUAUAAAUGUUGCUGUUGAGCUGGAUGUAGAUAAACUAAAUGUUGUGGUUUGAGUAUUACUUUAAUUUGUUGAUGUUUUUUUUUUUUUUUUUUUUUCUUUUUCCUUUUCUUUUAUUCUGGUGUGCUGAACUGAUUCUGCCUCUUCACUGCAAAAGGGAAAUGGGGGAAAUUUUUAUUUAAAAACCCUCAGAUGUUUUCAUAUUCAUCUUUAAAAGUGUGCAUUUUAUUCAGUAUGAGUGUCUUGUAAUAUAAUGUAAAUAGGCAAUUGGCAGUCUAGUCAAGUAAAUAAAAUAAAACAGAUACAUUUGAAACGAUGGUCCUUUAAAACAAUAUUUGUAAAUGUGAAAGUAAGCAUCACUAAGAAUUCCUUCUCUCCCCCCCCACCAAAAAAAAAAAAAUCAUACUCCAAUAUUUAUGUGAUCACUUCUAAAUAGUAUCAGUACUCAAAAAGAUACAAAAUAAUUUAAUAAUACUUAAAUAAGGAAUAUGUAGUUGAUUUCCCUUCAUUUGACAAAUAGCUGAGAAUCAAAAUUAAUUGGCUUUUUAAAUCUAAUAAAUUGGACUGCAAGAAAGAUUGUAAUGGCAAGCAAAGACCUGAUUACUUUUUAAUAUUGCACACUUUGUUGUGGGAGGAGAUGGAACAUGAACAACCACAGUUAUCACCAAGAUUACUAAAACCAUUGAGUCACUGGAUUUUAUUAUUUAUUCCCCCCCUUUCCCUCCCCCCCGACAGUGAACAUGGCAAUUGGAUUUGUAUAUGGCUAAAGCCAUCUGUAAUGAUUUGCUUUGUUUGCCUGCUGAACAUGUAAGUGCUCAACAGCUGCAAACAAUUUAUUAAAAAGGUCACUUAACAGCAACAGUAUACAGCUAAUCAUUAUAGUGAACUGGUACAUUAUAAGGUAAUAUAUUGAGACCAGCAGGAUAUGUUGUACUGUUUUAAUGUAUUCUGCUGCCAUUUGUACUAGGUCAAUACACUGUAAUUACUGCUUACCCAGCAAUAGUCUGUUGCAUCCAGAGUUUAAACCUUGCUGUGAUGUGGUUUUUAUAGCUUUCUUUUUAAUUAAGCAAAAGGUGACAUGCCAAAUUUUUGAGAUUUUCCACUCACUGACACAUUCAGGCUAUCAAGAAUAGAAAGCUGUGAUGCUACAUGCAGACUUUUGUGAUGGGACAUAUAGCUAAUAGCUGUGGCUUUCAUAAAUUCAUUUUUAAACCCUCCUAGCAAGCAGUAUCUCUAGAAUCAGGGGUACAGCAAUUAAAAUUGGAAUUCUGAACUUGUGAAAUUGUGAGAUAAUAUUUUUCAGAAAUAUAAAAAUAGUAUAGAAUCUGGCCCAGUUUUCCCAUAAAUAAUAGUGAUGUAGUUGUUUUUGAAGUUAGUGCCAUGACAAUUUAGAACAGCCCCUUUUCCCCCAUGGUGUCAACAUUGUUGAUCACUAGAAGUCACCUAGUACAGUGACAACAAACUUUUAUUUUGUUGUGUUCUCUUUUAACAUUUCUGCAGUUGUCAUGAAAAAAGGUCUUGUUUGAAUGUAAUUCAUUGUCUCCCUAGAGCACCAGCUGACUAAUGGUGCUUACUGCUUUGUAUCUCCUUUAGCUUGCUAUGGUUAAGGGUUUUAUGUGCUUUGUAACCUAUUACACAAAUAGCAGCAGACAAUCAGAUUGAAGGAGAGUUAACAGCUGCCAAUUUGGGAACUAGAAGUGGAAUAUGGAAGCUUCAUUGAGGGUUUUUGUUUUUGUUCUAUUUUUUCCAUUAAGACUGGAAUCAAGCUUACAUGUAAACUAUUGGUAAUUUAAGUUUCUUUUUGUGUCAACAAUGUAAAACUGUCUAAUUUGAAAAAUGUAGGUUAUGAAAAAUAAAGAUUUAGGCACUGUUCAA